AUGCCGGGAUCUCUGUGGCUGUGUCUCUGCGCGCUGCCGCUGUUCCCAGGUUCGGUGGCGGGGAACUCGCUGACCCAGAUCCCGGCUUCCCUGCCAGCCACGGAAGGGCAGCGGGUGGAGAUCAGGUGUCAAUACAUCACCUCCUACACCAGCUACGCCCUGGACUGGUACCAGGAGCUGCCGGGGAACCAACCCCUGUUCCUGCUGGGCAGAUACUCCAGUGGCUCGGAGCGCAAAUCCAGUGUCCAUUCGCAGAUUCAGCUGGUGGAGUCUGGGGGAGGCGUUAAAACCACAGGAGAUUCUAUCAGCAUCUUCUGUAAAGUCUCCGGAUUUACCUUUGGAAACUAUUGGAUGCACUGGUACCGCCAAGCUCCCGGGAAAGCGCCAGAGUGGAUCUCCUACAUUAACACCGAUAGCACUAAAGCGGACUAUGCCCACUCAGUGAAAGGGCGAUUCACCAUCUCUAGAGACAACCCCAACAACCUGCUCUAUUUGCAAAUGACCGGCCUGAGACCCGAGGACGCGGCUGUGUAUCACUUGCUGAACCUUCUGUUCCACAACGAGGGGCCAAUGAAGGGGGCACUGUCGGAUAUUCCAGCAGCCAAUGUAGGUCGCACGCUGAUUGGGGGGCACCAAAGAGAACCAGUGCUGCCCUCCAGUGAAGUCUUCUUCAUAUACGUUCUAACUCUAGCAGGGAAUGGCCUCAUGAUUGUAAUCGUAAGGGCUGACCAGCAUCUCCAGAUCCUGAGGUAUUUCUUCCUGAGCAACCUUUCCUUCCUAGAGAUCUGGUACACCACUACCAUCAUACCCAAAAUGUUGGAGACGUUCCUGGUGGCUAGAACGACCAUCUGUGUUUAUUGCUGCCUAGUGCAGUCAUUCUUUCACUUCUUCUCGGGCGUCACUGAAUUCCUGAUUCUAUCAGCCAUGUCCUUUGACCACUAUAUCGCUAUAUGCAAACCCCUGCACUACAGCAUCAUCAUGAGCAAGAAAGUCUGCUUCCUUUUGGCUCUCGGAGCCUGGGCAUUGGGCUUCUUGAUUAUCUUCUCCCAGGCUGCUUUGCUCCUGCAGUUGCUGUUCUGUACCGAUAACAUUAUCAACCAUUUUUAUUGUGACAUUGGGCCCCUCUUGAAACUGGCCUGUGCAGACACAAGCGUCAUCGAGUUCCUUGGCUACCUGGGGUCCGUCAACAUCAUACCAAUCAGCCUGCUCUGCAGAGUGGUGUCUUACACCUACAUCAUCACUACCAUACUCUACAUCCACUCCACUAGUGCGCACCAGAAGGCGUUUUCCACCUGCACGUCCCAUCUCACUGUGGUCUCCAUACUGUACAGAGCGGUUGUCUUAAUGUAUUUGAAACCCAUGGCCCACUCCUCCCUCAGUCCCAACAAGGUUUUGUCUGUCCUCAACACUGUCCUAACCUCCUUGCUGAACGCCUUCAUAUACCCCAUAAGGAACAAAGAGGUGAAAACAGCCCUGAGGAAAGCUAUGAGCAAGAGAAAGACUUGGUCAGAAUGUCUGUGGUUCCUGAGAGGGUAA